GUACGACUCAUACGAAUCCUACGACUCGAGGUCCUCGAUGAACGACCGGGACAUGUACCGUUCCAGUUACGACUACAACGAGAACGAGAACGACAAUGCUUACGACAGUCACUACGACGGUCACUACGACGACCACUAUGAAAGUCACUACGACAGCUUCUACGGGAACCGGAGGGACCAGUACAGGGCACGGGACGGCUUUGGCCAACGGGGUCAGAACUGGGCGCGGGACGGGCGCAACACCAGACCCGUGGCUCCACCGUACUCGGGGCGCAUGGGCGGGCAGUGGAACGACGCGCCGCGGGGUAUGGUCCCCCCCGGCUCCUCCCGCCUGCCUUCCCUCUUCUCCCACAACAUCCUCCCGGAGCUCGGCAUGUUCCAAGGGAUGCGAGGGUUUUCGGGGAACAUGCGCUUCGGUGGAGGCAUGAUGAAGCAGAGGAUGAGGAGAAACUGGAAAAUGUGGGAUUCGGACUUUAAACCGCAGAAAAAGAAAAUGAAGAAGGACCUCACCGGGAAGAAGCGAAAGCAAACCAGCAGCUCGGACGAACCCGACAGCAAGGCAGCAAAGACAGACGGCUCCGACAACUCCGACUCCGACAACGAGGAAGGAACCGAAGGAGAAUCGGGAGAAAAAGAGGAGAAAGAAGGCUCCAGAGGUGAAGGGGAAGAUGAAGAAGGAAGAGACUCAGAGAAAGGAUCCAGUACGUCUGCUCGCUGUGCAAAUACCGCACCUUCUACGACGACGAGAUGAGCAGUCACCUGGAGAGCAAGUUCCACAAGGAGCACUUCAAGUUUGUUGGAACCAAGCUGCCCCAGCAGACGGCCGACUUCCUGCAGGAAUACGUAGCCAAUAAAACGAGGAAAACCGAAGAGCGUCGUAAAGCAAUUGAAGACAUCAACGCGGUCAUCCAGCAGAUCUACAGGGACCAGGAUCUUACACAAGACAUCGGCAUGGAGCACUUCAUCAAGAAGGUGGAGGCCGCUCACUGCGCCGCGUGCGACCUCUUCAUCCCCAUGCAGUACGGCAUCAUCCAGAAGCACCUGAAGUCACUCGACCACAACCACAACCGCAGG